UUCAAAAAAUUAGAAUAUUUCCUAAGAUCAAUCAAAAAAUGGAUUUGCAAAACAGAAAAGUUCAAGUUCUUUAAAGUAUGUUCUUUUGUGCACUCAAUACUUGAUCGGCAGGACAUAUUACAGCAAAUGACUUGCUCCUAGCACAAAUUACUGCAUCAGUGAAGUGUGGCAUGGAAGUGAUCAGCCUGUGGCACUGCUGAGGCACUAUUGAGCCUUCAGAUCAUCUGUAUAUUGUUGGAUCGACUGUUUCGCAUCUUUCUCUUGAAAAUAUCCCAUAGAUUCAGGUCAGGCAUGUUGGCUGGCCAAUAAAGCACAGUAAUAUCAUGGUCAGCAAACCACUUGGAAGUGGUUUUUGCACUGUGGGCAGGUGCUAAAGUCCUGCUGGAAAAGGAAAUCAGCAUCUCCAUAAAGCUUGUCAGCAGAUGGAAGCAUAAAGUGCUCCAAAAUCUCCUGGAAGAUGGCUGCAUUGACUUUGCACUUGAUAAAACACAAUGGACCAACACCAGCAGACGUCACGGCCCCCCCAAAUCAUUAUUGACUUCAGAAACUUCACACUAGACUUCAAGCAGCUUGGAUUCUGUGCCUCUCCAGUCUUCCUUCAGACUCUGGGACCAUGAUUUCAACAUGAAAUGCAAAAUUUACUUUUAUCUGAAAAGAGGACUUUCGACCACUGUUCACUGUCCAGUUCUUUUUCUCCUUAGCCCAGGUAAGAUGCUUCUGACGUUGUCUCUGGUUCAGAAGUGGCUUGGUAGUCCUUUUCCUGAAGAUGUCUGAGUGUGGUGACUCUUGAUGCGCUGACUCCGGCUUCAUUCUACUCAUUGUGAAGCUCUCCCAAGUGUUUGAAUUGGCUUUACUUGACAGUAUUCUCAAGCUUGCGGUCAUCCCUGUUGCUUGUGCACCUUUGCCUACCCAAUUUCUUCCUUCCAGUCAACUUUGCAUUUAAUAUGCUUUGAUAUUUCACUCUGUAAACAGCCACCCCAUUCAGUAAUGACCUUCUGUGACUUACUCUCUUUGUGGAGGGUGUCAAUGAUUGUCUCCUGGACCAUUGCCAAGUCAGCAGUCUUCCCCAUUAGUGUGGUUUCAAAGAACAAAAGAUACCCGGAAUUUAUACUGUAGGGAUGGUCAUUAAAUGAAACUCAAAUGUAAAUAUUCUAAUAUUUUGAGAUACUGGAUUUUGGACUUUCAUUAGCUGUACGCUCUAAUCAACAAAUUUAAAAAAAAAAACUUUUGAAAUGUUUUACUUUACAUGUAGGGAAUCUAGAAUAUAUGAAAGUUUCAUUUUUUAAAAUAAUUUACAAUAAAAAAAUGAACUUUUUCACGAUAUUCUAAUUAUAUGACCAGCACCUGUAUAUGUCUUUAAAUUAAAGCUGCAGUCUGUAAGUUUUGCCUCUUUGUCGCCAUCUCUGUUUGAAACCUGCAAUUGCAGUUUGCGGAAUUAUCAUCUUUACAAGGUUGUGCAUUGACACGGCUCCUCAUCGCGGAUGAAUCAAAUGUUUGCUGUCAGUCACCACAUCGGUGUGGAUACUAUACUUCUGAAUCACAGAUUCUACGUCUUGGAAGUGUGACCAAAAUAAGAAUUUUCAUCAGAAAAUAUCAUCUGAACAAGUAAGUAACAUAUCUGCCACUUUUGUUCUGACCAACUGAGGGAAAAAAAAGCAUUACAAUAAAUCGCGCUGCCAAUGGUGAUUAAAUCAAACGAUUGCUUAGCUCGGAUCACGUCAAACCGUGCAAAUUAUUAUUGUUAUACUUUCUCAAAUUGUUAAUGUUAACAACAUCGGCAUUGCGUGACUAUGUGUAUUUAGUGUGUAUUAGCAUUACCUGUAGAUUUCAAUUUCUGUAGCCACUCCGCAGUCCGAAGUCUUUUGCUUUUGACUACGGGUGAAUCUGCAGUUGUCACUGAUGAUUGUCGUUUGGACCUUUCUGGAUUACAAUCUGCCAUCAAAAUGAUAAAUUUAAUUAUUGCAGCUGCUGUGAGAAGAGGCUAUAAAUUAUGCAUCACCUGCAGCAUCCUUCACAUGCCAUACAAGCCUAUUAGCUGGGACUCCUUCUUUAUGUAAACGUGACGUAAUGAGGCAAAGACGUACGGCUGCAUGCUCGAAUUUCCCGCGGAAACCCACCAGUACCACCCGAAUUAGAAAGCAUUAUUACAAGCUUACCGUUGUGAAUCGAGCUAAGGUAAGGAGAUAGUUUUGAACACUGGCUGGUUAUGUACUUGUUCAAAAAUUGAUUUUGGAUCAUUUUUAACCAAAAAAAGUUACGGCCUGCCGCUUUAAAUAGAAGUAAUACUGAAAUUGAUUUCUGGACAUUAUAAUGUUAUUUUAUUUGUGCAUUUAUUAUUGCACAUUUCUGAUGUUAAUUAUUAAUAAUUUUUUCAGGUGGUAUAUUUACAAUAUAACAAUGCCUCUCGUUUCGAUACGGUGUAAGCUGCAUUGACCAAUCAGCAUACAGGAUUAUAUACGUGAAACUUCACUUGCGUUCUUCAUAACAACACUGUUCCAAUCCGUCCGAGUUUUUUAGACUUUGGAGCCUAAAAUAUGUAAUAUAAAAUCUCGAUAUAACCCCAAUGGUUUAUAUACAAAGAAGAGAUGAAAGAAGAGAGAAGAGUGCUCAACAAAGAUGUUUUAAACUCUUGAAACCGAUUAAUAAACUGUCAGCAUUCUUGCGUGUCUCUGCCAAACAGACCUCUCUCCCCUCCUCUCUCUCGGUCUCUUCCCUGCUCUUUUUCUUCUCAUGUUGGCAGCUUCACGUUAAGUCUUUGGAAUGGGGAAAGUCCUGAUGAGUGUAUGUAUCCUCCUCACAGUGGUCUGCUGGAGAAAGGGAACUCCUCACCGUCACCCACUCCCGACGGAACCGCGCGCUGAGGUUUUUGUACGGGCCAGUGAAAGAGGCUGUACGGAGACAAGAAGAGUGUGUAAACCAUUACAGUAAGCAGCUGAUAUGGAGGAGAAGGAGAAAACGGUGGAUUUGGAAAAACUUAUGUCAUAAGUAUGCGGCAUCUUGUUUGACGUCGCCCAGCACCUCAUAGCCAUGCGGUACAAAACACUGUUGACCAUCCUGGCAGCCGUGCUGCUGUAUUUGGUGUUGGGGGCUCUGGUGUUCGGCUGGCUGGAGUCCUCCAGGGAGGAAUGGGCUCACCGCGAGCUGCUGACAUCUCGAAUGGCUUUCCUACAGAACCACAGCUGCGUCACGCCUUACAGUCUGAGCGAGUUCAUGGAGAAAGUGGUUGAUGCCAUUGAGGCAGGUGUGGAUGCCAGAAACACAUCAGAUUUUACCAGCAGAUGGGAUCCAUCAAAUGCUUUCUUCUUCUGUGGUACCAUCAUCACCACCAUCGGCUUCGGAAACAUCUCGCCCAAGACAGAAUGGGGUCAGUUGUUCUGUAUAUUUUAUGCUCUGGUGGGGAUCCCCAUGUUUGGGAUACUGUUAGCAGGGGUUGGAGACCACCUGGGCACCUUGCUGCGGAGAGCAGUGGCAAAGAUCGAGACUUUGUUUUUGCGCAAGGGUGUGAAGCCCACCAGUGUGCGUGUAAUCUCCGCUGUCUUCUCCAUCCUGAUUGGCUGCUUAGUCUUCAUCGCCGUGCCGACCAUGGUGUUUCAGAAAAUGGAGAGCUGGAGCUUGUUGGAAGCAGUGUACUUUGUUGUGAUCACCCUUACCACGGUGGGCUUUGGGGACUAUGUGGCAGAGAACAGAAGAGAUGGAAUGCACCUGUACAAGCCAUUGGUGUGGUUGUGGAUAGUGUUUGGUCUGGCGUAUUUUGCAUCUAUCCUCACUAUGAUUGGAAACUGGCUUAGAGUGCUGUCAAAGAAGACGCGUGCAGAGAUGGAGGAGCUGAGAGCUCAUGCCACAGACUGGACUCAGAACAUCCAGAACAUGUCCAUGGACUUCCGUAUUCCAGUGCCACUGGAUCUCAACGACCCCUUUCAGCUCCAGCGGCGACGCAGAAGAAAGCGGCACCGCCGUCAUCGCCACCCAAGACUGAGCGUGGCAGGAAUGGCUCGUGGAAUCUCCCUCGAUGCUGAUGUUAUCCGAGAGAAUGGACAUCUGAUCCUCGGUUGGCCUUCGUGCAAGUAUACCCCAGCGUCUGAUAAUAGGUCUGAAGUGCUGUCCCGAUCCAAGUCGUGGUGUAGGGUAGAUGGGGCGUAUGAGAUGAGACCAGGAUCGAGGCUGACGGUUGGACCUGCAUCAAGAUCCAUCUCACGUUUAGAUCUGAAACCACCAUCGCGAUCCGGGUCCAGAGCCAUGUCCAGGUCCCCUUCAGAAUCUGAAUCAGGAUCAGUCUCUGAAUCCGAGACUCCGUCAGAAUCCUGGUCGGAAUAUGCGUUCAGUUCCCGUAACUCAGAGGACCUGGAAUCUGGAGCCGAGGGGUCUCAGAGAUCACUGGGAAGUCUAAAGGAUGUUCCGGUCAUCAUGGUUGCCAGCUGCACUCCACCCCACCCCUCCCUUCUGGACUUUUUUGGCGAGAACUUGGCGUACAUCGACGAGUCUUCAGACGCUCUUAGCGAUCGUGUCAAACCAGCUGGACAGAAUCGCCAACGCAAACCCAAGAGGAGGAGUACGACGAGACAGAUUCCCUGCUCGCAUCCCAUCGGUCUACAGAGGGAGAUCAGUAAUGAAAUACAACCCCCAUCACAUCCUCCGACCCCUCCACCUCAAACCUGAGAAAUGAACAUUUGGCCAAGGGCUCUUAGCUAUACACAUCACAGUUUGACAUCACAGAUGCCAAACAUACGGAGCCCCGCACAUGACAUGUAAGAAAAAAACUAAAUUGUGUGCAAGAUUAACUAUUUUGUUCCCUCGAUUUACUAAAUUGUCCAGCCUAUUUAUCAUUUAGUUCCCUCGAUUUACUAAAUCGUGUGCACAAUUUACUGUUUCGUUCCCUUGAUUUGCUAAAUCGUGCGCCUGAUUUAUUAUAGUGUUCCCUCAAUUUACGAAAUCAUGCGCACCAUUAACUAUUUCGUUCCCUCGAUUUACUAAAUUGUACCCACGAUUUCUAUUUCAUUCCCUCGAUUUGCUAAAUAGUGUGCACAAUUUACUAUUUUGUUCCCUCGAUUUGCUAAAUAGUGUGCACAAUUUUCUAUUUCAUUCCCUCGAUUUGCUAAAUUGUGUGCACAAUUUACUAUUUCGUUCCCUCGAUUUGCUAAAUAGUGUGCACAAUUUACUGUUUCGUUCCCUCGAUUAACUAAAUAGUGUGCACAAUUUACUGUUUCGUUCCCUCGAUUUGCUAAAUAGUGUGCACAAUUUACUGUUUCGUUCCCUCGAUUAACUAAAUAGUGUGCACAAUUUACUGUUUCGUUCCCUCGAUUUGUUAAAUAGUGUGCACAAUUUUCGGUUUCAUUCCCUCGAUUUGCUAAAUUGUGCGCACAAUUUUCUAUUUCAUUCCCUCGAUUUGCUAAAUUGUGUGCACAAUUUACUAUUUCGUUCCCUCGAUUUGCUAAAUAGUGUGCACAAUUUUCUAUUUCGUUCCCUCGAUUUGCUAAAUUGUGCGCACAAUUUUCUAUUUCAUUCCCUCGAUUUGCUAAAUAGUGCACACAAUUUACUAAUUUGUUCCCUCAAUUUAUUAAUUGUGUGCAAAAUUUAGCAAAUCGAGGGAAUUAAUUAGGAAAUCGUGGGCACAAUUUAGCUAUUAUUUUUUUCCUGCAUGUCAUUUGUGGGGCUCUGUACAAACUGAUGCAGACCAACACAAAUGUGCAUGUAAAUAUAGCUUAAAUUAAAAUUAUUUGUGUCCCAGACAAACAUACAGGGGUUUUGUUCAGAAUAGCAUACUACCUACUACCUACUACCUGCAGUAUAUGUAAAAUACCAUUCAAAAGUUUGAGGUUGGUACAUACUGUAAUUGCUAAUUGUAUAAAGAUACUGUCACUUUUGUUCAGUUUAAUGCGUCCUUGCUGAAUAAAAGUAUUCAUUUAUUUAGAAAAAAGAUCUCACUGACCCCAAACUUUUAAAUGGUAGUGUUUAAUGUGCAUAACAAGUUCUAAUGCUGCAACACUUGCUGAAAUAUCCUGUAAAUAAUAAAACGCACUGUACUGUGUGCUGUAGUGUAGCCUAUCCCACAAUGCAGUUUGCUUGCCUUGACUAUCCAUUUCCAGAUUAACCUGAUGUAACAUCACCCAUCACCCCAUUAUUUUCAUUUGUUAAUUGAACGGAGUAAGACAUUUUGAGAAAACGUUAAAUAAAAAGUGCAAAAUAACCAUUUUUAUUUCCAAAAUGAUAACUAGUGGACACUGGUUGGUGAUAACUAGUGAUAACUGAUAACUAGUGGAUGCUGAAUUAAACAUGCAUAAUGAUGAGGUCAUGUGGCAACAGUAUAGCAUACUUUGAAAAAUAAAAUUAGAUGUAUAAUGUGUUCUCUCAUUAUAUAUAUAUAUAUAUAUAUAUAUAUAUAUAUUUAAAAUCAGUAGUAUUCCAUUCUGAACAUAGCCAGAAAGCUGAGGACAUUUCAGCAAUGCAACAUGAUUCUUCAUCAAAUCAGAUGUUUGGGUUUUUUUUUUUCAAGGUUUGAUUUGUCACUGUGAUCAUCUGUCAUAUUUUAGUUAUUAAAAUAUUUAAUAAUAAAAAAAUUCACUGUAAAUUGUAUGUCAGUCUAAUAGGUUAGUAUUCUGCUUUUUAACCAAAAACUCAUAAAUGCCGUUAUAUUUUAGGAGUGUUUUUAGUGCCUUGCUUGUUUAUGACCCCCUAAUCUGUAUUCCACUUUUUAUAUUGUGCAUGAUAUAGCUGACUAUAAAGUCUCAAAUAGAGACUUUUUGAUAUAAGAUGCACAUAAUUGAAAUGUCAUUUUAUUUGUGUGCCAAAUUGGUUAUAAUUUCAUUGUCAUGAAUACAAAACACAGCUGUGA